AUGAAGCGUCCACCUGAAAAGACGGCGACGAGCAGGGCCAAAAGACCCAAGGCUUCAAGACCUAACGAAGGCAGCAGUCCAACCGGAGGGUCACCAAAGAAAUACGGCUCUUUCGCCGAUCAAGUCUUCGACGGCCAGGAUCUCGACGAGGAUGACUUGACCAAUAACGUCCAGGGCAAGUUGGCAAACUUCAACAAGCAUUUGAGAGCACGAAAGUCUUGGGCCGAGAACUUUAGAACCAAGAUUCGAACACAAAAUAGAGAGCUCAUUGAGGCGGUUAGACAAGCGAAGGAUGAAGUUCAAAGAAGGCAACAGGGCUUCAAGCAAGCGAUAUUACCAGUACUUGCUGGAUCCCUGAACCACCUUGAUACCGCCCAUGACCCAACAACGUCCAUUCACUUACCUCUCUUUCCCCAAUUUGUCAAGCAGUCUCCAGCUAUACAAAAGGCAUGUGAGGUGGUGGCAUACAGCGAGACACUGCUUGCCUGCUACGAUAUCCUUCGUGAAUCACCUCUCGCAACCCCAGAUAUUACGAAGAUGAAGGACGUAUUUGAGAAGGACAAAGCAGAGACCAUCAAGGCAUUUGAAACAAGCAAGAAGAUGGCGAUAAAUCAGCUGCAAGCUCAAUUGUCGGAUGUGGCAGGCGGAACGAAAGAGAGAUUCGCGUUAGACGAAGGGGAGCUUCACCUUGCAAAGAGGAUCAUCUAUGGCACGAAUAACACAAGUGCUGGUGAAACAGCGGGUGCUGGCAUAGGAUCACUCAUGCAUGAUUUUGGCAAAGUGGUUUCUGAGAUGCAGAAUUUGCUAGAGUAA